AUGACUCAAGGCAAUGUAGCAGCUGCUGGACAGUUUGGUGGGCGUCAAAAGCGUGGGCAGUUUGCUCUUCCCUUGUCAAGGUCUAAAUCAGAAAGCCAACAAAAGGCGAAGAGCAAGCUCGCAAUAAGUAAGCCACCUCCGUCAGGAAUGGUCUCAUCAGCCUCAUCAACAAGCCUUGGCGAGAAGAAGAAGAACAAAAAGCCCAGCACCACAACUAUAACAGCAACAGGAACAACAACGCAAAGUGCGCCUGUGGCUCCAGUGCCUCUUGUUCCAGAAAAACCAGCACCUUUUGCUCCUCCUCAUCCACAGGCAACAUAUUGUGGGUUGUCAGCUUCCAGUGGACUAUUCUACCCCUUCAUGCCAGCACUGCCUCCAGAACCUUCACUCAAGAAUCGAAAGCAGUAUCCCGUCAUUGAUAAAAUUCACGCUUCCUUCUCGAGUUACAUCAACACCACCAAUGUUCCAAAGAAUAACAACACGACACAACAAAUCUGCAAAAUAUGGACAAGAUGCAAGGGCAAUUUCACAGAGCAGGAAUAUGCAGCAACAUAUGGCUUAUCGGAUCCCCAGAAGAAGCAGAAAGAAACCGUAGCCGUCGAGUCUGUGUUUGCUGGCUUGAAAGCUCCUCUUGUGAAGGUCAAGAUCAAGUUCAGUGGCUUUAAGGAGUCCAAACUGAACCCACCUCUCUUUGCCAUCUUGCCCAAAUCAGUCAUUAGUGGUUCAUCUUUGGCACCUGAGCAUAGCAAAGAAAAGAAAACAACGAAGAAGCGAAAAAGUUCUAUCUUGGAUCCUUCGACCGUGGCCAACGCCAACGCAGUUCCGGUACCCAUCGCAGACAAGGAAGAUUUGUGGAAGACCUACAUGACACAAAGACCCGGAAAGUGGAGGCAGUUGGUGGCGGAUGAUGUCGCCCUUACGGCCAAGGAGCUAGAGGCAGCGUGCAUUAGCAGCACGAUAGCCCGUUGUCAGGCAAUUGAACGAAGGCAUGCUGAUCUGAAGAGUACGGUGGAAAAAGAUGACGUCCCGCUCAUCCACACGGCAACUAUGUGGCAAUACAUCGACAAGGCAGGGUACUUUUCAGCUUUCACAGAUGAGUCAUUGAAGGAUACAUUGAGGUCUGUCUGGUCGCCAGAGGUGAAGUACAGUUUCCAACGAGAGAUUACCCGAAGCAGCACUCCCAAGGUGGUACGAGAGAAAUGCAAAGGGCAAAAGAGUGUGUUUGAAGGAUUACAGUCUCUUCUGGUUGAAGUAAUGUCAGAUGACGAAGGAGACAGUGACGACGAGGACGACAGUAUCUUGGAUGAUGACGACAAUGUUGAUGACAUUUUGGACCCUUCCAUCCAGUACAAUACGAAACUCGUGGAUCUCUCGGGGCUGACGCUCGAGGAGUGA